AGUUCAUACAAAAGAUACCUAAACUCAACCUAAAAUUAACAUAAUUUGAAUAUUCAUAUAAUAUUAGCAUUGAAAUUUUAUGGUUCAUCGAUUGUUAUUGUGGGUGUGUGAUGGGAGGUUUCUCACGGCGGAUUCUCCCCUGCAUUCAGGCGAACUCAGCUAGUUUAUUGUUUGGACAUUUUGGCCCGAAGUUAAAAUUGCCAUCACGAGUGAUAUCUGGUACUUUUUUCGAUAAGAAUUGCCGAAUCGCAUAUUAUAAAAUCGCCAGCAUGGCAGAAAUGUUGUUAAAACGUAAACCACCGAAGAAUGAAGUAGUCAUGGAUGAGGAGAAAAUGGAAGUUCAUGAUCGUGCAUAUAAAUUAUGCAAGGAAUAUCUCGGCGGAAAAUGGUCAGAGUUAAAAAAGAAUGAAUUUCAAUUAAGUGUUCUUGGAGGAGGUCUCACAAACAAGUUAUACAUUUGUCAAAUUCCAAAGGAGAUUCGAGAUUCAAACUCAAAAGUACCACACACUAUUCUUCUACGACUGUAUGGAUUAAUUAUUCAGGAUUUUGUUGCUCAGAUUCAAGAAAGUGUUGUAUUUUCAAUAUUGUCAGAGCGUGGUGUUGGACCUCACUUAUAUGCCGUGUUCCCCGGUGGCAGAUUAGAAGAAUAUUUACCGUGUCAAACGCUAAUGACCAAAGAUCUUCAUGAUCAAGCAUUAUCUCGACAUAUCGCCAAACAAAUGGCAAUUUAUCAUAAACUAGUGAUGCCGGUAAAGAAAGAACCAACAUGUAUCAUGAGCAGACUCCAAUUGUACUAUGAAACUGCUGUACAUAUGAAAUUUGAUGAUCAUAAUAAUACAAAACUACUAAAUUUAUUGAGAGAAUAUGAUCUUGAGAACGAACUGAAAUACAUAAAGAAACUUGUGGCGGAUACUGAUUCACCAGUUGUAUUUUGUCAUAAUGACGUACAAGAAGGAAAUCUCCUUCACAUGGACAACACAAUGAAUCCGGUACAGAUGAUUGAUUUUGAGUAUAGCGGAUAUAAUUACAGGGGAUUUGAUAUUGGAAAUCAUUUCUGUGAAUGGGCUUAUGAUUAUUCGUAUUCAGAAUGGCCCUUCUACUUAUAUAAAGAUGAGGACUAUCCCACAAAAGAGCAACAGAUAAACUUUAUUCAAUCAUAUAUCCGAGAAUAUUUUUCAACCAACUCAUCACAUUCACAAUCUGAUGAAAAGUGGCAAGUCGAUUUCAUGAUCAAAGAAGCAAACAGGUUUGCUCUAUUAUCUCAUUUCUUCUGGGCAAUGUGGUCAGUUGUUCAAGCAAAAAUGUCAGACAUCAGCUUUGGUUAUAUGGAGUAUGCUCACUCUAGAAUGGAUCAUUAUUUUAAACAGAAGGCUGAAAUAGAAUGAACAUCUACAAAUUUUGACGUCAAACAUUUUUCCCAAUUUAAAUGAAUGCUAUAUGAAAAUAGAAUAGACUGUUACAUUUAAAAAGUUUUGAGUAGUUUUUUUUGUCAAUUAUUUGUGGUGGGUUGUAUUUUUUAUGAUUAUUAAUAUGAACUAUUAUAUCUGUGAGUGUUCCAAUUUUAUUUAAUUAAUACUGCUUUUCUUCCUUGUUUUUGCCCACCAGACUUGUUGUAAUGCAAAAUUUCAUGUAUCUUCGCAAUCAUAACUCCUUCCUGCGAUUUUAUGACUGAGCUGCUCCUGUGCAUUCCAUCUGAAUUAAUAGAUUUAAUCGGACUUUGGGUUGUAUUAUCGUGAUGUUUAUGAAGUCUAAAUUAUAUCCGUAACGUCCCUUUAUAAUUUCAAUUUUGUUAUGAAGUCAGUUCUCAAUAUAUCUUAACCAGGUUUGUUGUUUUUUAAUCAGUAAUUGGUAUCGAUAAAUUCCCUUUGCAAUUUUAAAACUUGGGACAUUCUAUAUAUAGUAUUAUAUACAAUAAACAAUGGAAUAUUUGAAUUUCCAGAAUAUCUUUAUUUUAUCAUUUCCUAUGAACCAGAUCAUCCACUGCUUGUAACAAAUUUUGAUGUAACAUUUUCAUACAUUCAUAUCUUUCUUCAUGCUUUGCAAUACAGUAGUUAAAUUUUUCAUAAUUCAAUUCCACUAUUCAACACUUGCCUCUAUUCUCACUCAUCUCUAAGUAUUUUUUAGAAUUUCAAUUUUGCAGUUUUAUGAUGUUAUGUGAUAAAAAAUAUGCUGACUUGAACAACUGCUCAGUGGCCUUUCUUCCUGUUCAAGAUUAUUUUGACAUUUGCGUUUUAUUUUGAAGAAAUGUAUUUGGUUGAUUUUUGUUCUAUUUUGCAUGUUUGUCAACAGAUAUUGUAGUGGUAUCUAUUUCAUCACAAUAACAAGUUCAUAUAUUUUUCUGCUUUCAUGUCAGAGUCGGGGAAAUCGGGAAAGUGGUCAAAAUCUAAAAAAAGUUUAGGACGUGCUGAUGGACGUGCCCACUCACCCCAUUCACAUCUCCUUAGACUGCUCUACGGUAAUUGUUGUAAUAACCUUGGUAACAUAACUUUGUCUAAAUGGAACAUUCUAGGGCUCACCAUGACAAUUGAAAAACUUUCAGGCAAUAUUUUGAGUUUCUGAUAUAUUUUUCCAAUUCUUCGGAAACCUGGAUUCUUUCUGCUGCUAUUGGUGCAAUGAAUGCUCGAUAGAAGAAGCAUUUGCCUCCAUCUCCAAAGUGCUCUUCAAAGAUAAUAAUGUAUAUCAUACUUGCUGUAAAUGUACAGCCCACUUACAUAAAUGAAUGCCGUUACUCUCAGUGUGAAAAAGUCUAAAAGAACUUCUAACAUAUCAUUAUUCAUGACGAAAUUAUAUCUCAUUAGAAUAACUAUCAAAUUAAAUAGAAGGUAUUAUUUCAAUUGUGCCUCAUUUUUCAUUUUUGCUAUAAUUUCAUAGCUCCAUUCAUAUUGUUGCUGCCAUUUUUUAUUUAGUACUUGACCGGGCCAACAGUAAAAUUGCUUCUUUUGUGCCAUCACAUUAGGAUUAACUCCUCUACUGCUUGUAAUAUAAACUGGUUGGUCCAUGGUUUUUGAGAUAUUUGUGCAAAUUUUAUUUAGAAUACUAGCUGCAUUUACUGAGUUUAAAAAUCUAAUCCCAACCUUUCAAAUGCACUGGCGUUGCCAUCUCAUCUCAUGUUGUAGUAAUUCGAAUCAGGUAAUCAUCAACUUUGUCUGAAAAUGAUUAUUCGAUUGAGUGUUUUCCCAGGUUGAUGAACUAGAAACCGUUCACAAUAUGAGAUCAGAUGAUUUUUGUGUUCUUAGAUGUGCAAUCGGUGUAAGUUGUUAUUUUCUUGUGCAAUUGAUGUCUUAAUAAACACAACCCGCUGUCUAACAUUAAUGUUAUGAAGUGGUAACAUUG